AUGCCCGCAGGGCGCUGGCUGCCUUUCCCGCCGCGGUGGCUUCUGUUCCUGGCGAUUCUUCUGCUCGUUGCACUGUGCACCUGCUUCUGGUCGAUGCAAGAGGUGUGGGAGCAGGAUCACCUCGUCUCGGAGAAGGUCGAAAGACUGGUCGUGACAGAUGGCCAGACCUCAUCUUCUUGGAAGCAAAAAGGGAACCUAACGAUGCAGUCUCGCGAAAGGCUCGGCCAUGGCGUGCUGUUUGUCGUACGAUCAAGCUCUCAGAACUACGGAUUUCGCGUCACUUCCAUUUUCAGAACAUGGGGUCAAGACAUCGCGAGCUCACCAUCAGACGGUCUCAUGGUCGUGGGAGACAUGGCAGUGCAGCAUCCUCGCAUUUUUGCCGUGCCAGAGUGCGGGAACGAUCACAGCCGAGCUUUAUGUUGCAAAACGGGUUAUGCACUGCAGCUUGCCUACCGCUGGCUUGAUGAUUUCGCCUGGUUCUUCGUCCUGGAUGAUGACACCUACGUCAAUAUAGAGAAUUUGCGCCAGUCGCUAUCUACCUUCAGUGCCUUGGAGCCCCAGGCACUGGGAGUUUUGGGAUGUGGGCCCGGCUUUUGCGAAGAUGGUCAAGGGGGCUUUUGUGGAGGAGGCGGCUACGCCCUGAGCAAAGCUGCCCUUGGUGUGAUCAUGAUCAACUCCACAUCUUCCUUUCAGCUGGACUUAAUGUCUCAUUUGGCCACAGAGAAAGAUGGUAUGGCAUAUGACGACAUCAGCGCCCGUGGCUGCUUCACAGUAUCAUUUUCCUUUCCAGGUUGCCUUAGAGGUUUGAGGUCGGCCAUGCAUUUGUUGCGUGGUUUUCAGCCCUUCAAAGGUGUGGCGUGCCUGCUCAAAAGGCACAGAGUGCGCUUGCGAUCGCUACAUGGGCUCUAUGCAUUCGGAUCUCCGAGACAGUGGCUGGACGAAGCGUAUGAGCAAGCCAUAACAGCUCGCAGCCCUCUGCCCGUCUCAUUUCACUACGUUGGCCCGUUUUUAAUGGAGGCUCUUCACAACCGCUUUGCGAGACUGACAGAAAGCCGUGAAACGGCCUUGCCGCAAGACGAAAAUAUCCGCAGCGCCAGUCCCGUGCGAGCGGAGUUGCGAGACCUCAAAGUUCAUAAGCUUGUCGGUUUGACUUUGUUUAGAUAA